UGGUCCGCGGUCGGUUUGGGCUCCCCGCAGUUCGCCGCGCCGCCGCCCGUCUCCGGGACACCUGCUCGCUCCGCCCGUCCGGCGGCGCGGGAUUCCCUGCUGCGCUCUCCCCGCCUCCCGGUUCGCAGGGCCGGGCCGUCCUGUACCCGGACUCCGCGUCGCGCCUCUGAGACACCGCAGGGCGAGAUGAGCGCGGACGUGGCGGCCGAGGCGCCCCUGCCCCGGCUCUGCUGCCUGGAGAAGGGUCCGAACGGCUACGGCUUCCACCUGCACGGGGAGAAGGGGAAGGCGGGCCAGUACAUCCGGCUGGUGGAGCCCGGCUCGCCGGCCGAGAAGGCGGGGCUGCUGGCCGGGGACCGGUUGGUGGAGGUGAACGGCGAGAACGUGGAGAAGGAGACCCACCAGCAGGUGGUGAGCCGCAUCCGCGCCGCGCUCAACGCCGUGCGCCUACUGGUGGUCGACCCCGAGGCGGACGAGCAGCUGCAGAAGCUCAGCGUCCAGGCCCGGGAGGAGCUGCUGCGCGCCCAGUUAGGACCGGGGCAGGCCGAGCCGCCGGCCGCCGCCGGGGCGCAGGGGGUUGGCGACCAAAAUGAGCCACGCGAGGCCGAGAAGAGCCACCCCGAGCGGCGUGAGCUUCGGCCUCGACUCUGUGCCAUGAAGAAGGGUGCCAAUGGCUAUGGCUUUAACCUGCACAGCGACAAGUCCAAGCCAGGCCAGUUCAUCCGGGCAGUGGACCCAGACUCGCCGGCUGAGGCUUCGGGGCUGCAGGCCCAGGACCGCAUUGUGGAGGUGAACGGGGUCUGCAUGGAGGGCAAGCAGCAUGGGGACGUGGUGUCCGCCAUCAGGGCUGGUGGGGAUGAGACCAAGCUGCUGGUGGUAGACAAGGAAACCGACGAGUUCUUCAAGAAGUGUAAAGUGAUCCCGUCUCAUGAGCACCUGAAUGGUCCCUUGCCUGAGCCUUUCACCAAUGGGGAGAUACAGAAGGAGAACAGUGGUGAAGCCCUGUCUGAGGCAGCCUCGGAGAGCCCCAGGCCAGCCCUUGCGAGAUCCACCUCCAGUGAUAGCAGUGAGGAGCUGAAUUCCCAAGACAGCCCCAAUAGACAGGACUCUACAGCGCCGCCGUCGUCUACCUCCUCCUCCGACCCUAUCCUGGAUUUCAACAUUUCCCUGGCUGUGGCCAAAGAGAGGGCCCACCAGAAGCGCGGCAGCAAGCGGGCCCCGCAGAUGGACUGGAGCAAGAAAAACGAACUCUUCAGCAACCUCUAAGCACUCCAGCCACCCAGGGGGCUGCAAGGGCCAAGACAGCCUCCCACCCAACCUCUCUCCCUUUCCCUCCUCCCCAGUUACCCCUGAAUCGAUGUACAAAUCAGCACCAGCAUCUCCCUUCUUGACAAAUUUGAUUUUUCUAGAGAACUGUUCUUCCCUUACCUUAGGGAAGGUGAAUGUUCUUCUGUCUUGCCCCAAUCAGAAAGCAGACUUUGUCCCCCUUCUCGUCACUGAGUGCUUCAUCCUCCCAGGUGUCCCCUUACCACCCUGCGUGGGACAUCAUGGAAUCUGCAUCAAGCAAGGAUCACAGGGUCAGGCGAGAGGUCGCCUUCCCCGACAACACCUCAUGUGAUGAUUGGGUCCAGAGCUGACCAAGGGACUCAUUGCAGCAACCACAGCUUGCGGUGGACAUGGGCAUGUCAUUCUGAGAGCAGUGGCUUAAGCAUCUUAUUUUUGUUCCUUUUUUUUUUAGAGUGCAGUAUGGCAGAGUUUAGAGGGAUUUUUGUUUCCUUGAUUAACAUGAUUUUCCUGGUUGUUGCAUUCCAGGGCAUAGCAACAGCCUCAGCCUUAAGCUUUUGUUUCUGCUCCCACCCUCAGAGGCCUGGGCAGCUCGGGGAGGGUUUGUCUAUCCCUGCCCACCCUAAGCCAGGCACCGCUAUUCUAAGGAAACUCCUUCAGAAAUUCAAC